AUUACAGAUGACUACUGUGUAGGCAAGGGUGACAGGAAUAUAACAGCUGAAAGCAGCCAGUUCCUCUGACUGCUCCGCUCUGUGAGAAAAGCGAGGAAUGAGAGAGAGAGAUCAGCAGCAGGGAGCGGAGCAAAGGAAGAAUUGUGGAGCCGCCGUGUUCUUUUGAAGGAUGGUCAGGCUAAUGCCUCGGUAUGUUGGGGAAAGCCGCGCACUGAUCUGAAGGUGACGGCUUCUUGGACUGCUACAGUGAGAUGGAUGUGGGCAGAGCUCCUCGUCAGCUCGGGUUCUGACGAACCGGUUCAGAGCAGCAGGGACCAAUCUCCGGAUCUGCAUGUUCUGUAUAUGGAAUAAGCUGCCAGAGGAAGUGAAGCUGAGGUGCAGAUGAUUCAGCUUGCAUCAUUUGACAAAGUCCUCCACCAGGGCCCUGUAUUCAUCCUCCCAUCGUCCCUUUUAUACACCCAACUAUUGCUGAGUCAUCAGAGAAUUUCUGCAGAUGGCAUGACUCAGUGUGGUAUCUAAAGCCCAAGGUAUACAGGAUGGACAGGAAGGCAGCUGAUACAGUCCCCUGUGGGACCCCAAUGCUGCUUAUAGCCAUGUCUCUAUGUCCUCAAGGAUGUGCGAAGCACAGUCAAGGCCAACAUUUGUCGCCUGUGCCUAACUGCAGUUAAGAGUCAUCUGCUCUGGUGGUCCGGAGUCACAUACAAGGCAAAUCAAGCAGAAGCAAGUCUUCAGGAAGAAGCUACGGAAGUCCAUUCCUUAUUCCAGAGGACUUCAUUUAAGACUGCUGGGAUUGCUUUGUACUUUUGUCACCUUUGCCCCUGAUUCCUGAAUCCAUUUGGGCCUUGCGCAAAGAUUUUGUCCGUGCCAGGUGGCGUUUAUGGUAGACGUUAUCAAUGGUGGGCAAUUGGGUGCCGAUAAUCUGCUGGGCAGUUUUCACCACCUGCUGGAGUGCUUUGCGGUCCGAUGCGGGACAAUUGCCAUACCACACUGAGACGCAGUUGUAUCAGCCCACUGAGACGGUGAUCAGUCGCUUCCUACAAAUGCUGAAUGAAGCAUAAUUCACAAAGCACUGCCAGAAACCGCCAGCUCAUGGAGUGAGAUGCUAUUUGCUAGCGAAGUGUGGAUGAGUUCUUAGAGCCGGUGUAGCCCGCUGGAUCUAUCUUUACCACUUACAACAUGCAUUAAGAUGCCCUCUUGACACUUAAGAGAUUUUGCUUCCAAUUUUACUCCACCACACUCCCCUAUUAUUGCAAGAUUGUACCUUGAAGCACUCUUGAAGCUUGGGUGACAGCUUUAGGAUCGGUGGGGAAAAUGUUUCUGAAAGAGUACAUUUUUAUUAGCUUGGCAAUUGUUACAUUAGCUCAAGCAAUACCCUGGGAUGUCAGAUGCCCUGAUAUGUGUGUCUGUGAAAUUAAGCCUUGGUUUACACCGAGGUCCGUGUAUCGAGAGGCACCAACAGUGGACUGUAAUGCUUUUUUCAUGUACAGAGUUCCUGCUGAAUUGCCUGACGGAACACAGACAUUACUCCUACAGAGUAACAGGAUCAGCAAGAUCGAACCAGGUGAGCUACAUCACCUGGUGAACCUGACAGAACUAGACCUGUCCCAAAACAGUUUCUCGCAGAUUGAGCACUUCAGCUCGACAAACAUGACUAACCUUCUGGUCCUUCAUCUGGAAGAGAACCAGCUGACUGACCUGACGGAAAAAUGCUUCUCCGCUCUCACCAACCUUCAAGAACUUUACUUAAACCAUAACCAGCUCAGCACCAUUUCUGCUGGAGCUUUCUCUGGCCUCGGGAACCUGCUCCGGCUUCACCUGAACUCUAAUAAGUUGAGGAGCAUUAGAAGUGAGUGGUUUAAUGCUUUACCUAGCCUGGAGAUCCUCAUGAUUGGAGAGAAUGCUGUGGAGAAGAUCCAGAACAUGAACUUUAAGCCUCUUGUCAACCUAAGAAGUCUGGUUCUAAGUGGAAUGCGACUGAAAGAAAUCUCAGAUUAUGCUCUUGAAGGUCUAGAGCAUCUAGAGAGCAUUUCUUUCUAUGAUAACAAAUUAUCCAAGGUUCCAAAGGUGGCCCUUCAGAAAGUUCCAGGUCUUAAAUUUUUGGAUUUGAACAAAAAUUUGAUUCAAAGGAUCCAACAGAGUGAUUUUACGGAUAUGCUCCAUCUUAAAGAGUUGGGGAUUAACAAUAUGGAGGAACUGACCUCCAUUGAUAAAUUUGCUUUGGACAAUUUACCUGAAUUGACCAAACUGGAAGUGACCAACAACCCAAAGUUUUCCUACAUUCAUCCCAAUGCGUUUCGGCUUGUUCCUCAGAUGGAAACUCUGAUGCUGAACAACAACGCCCUGAGUGCCUUAUACAAAAAGACUAUCGAGUCCCUAUCUAAACUCCAAGAGAUCAGCAUCCACAACAAUCCCAUCAGGUGUGACUGCGUCAUUCGCUGGGUGAACACUAAUGAAAAUCGCAUUCGGUUCAUAGAGCCACAGUCAACCUUUUGUGUGGACCCUCCGGAAUUUAGCAGGCGUAAUCUGAGAGAUGUCCCAUUCAGAGAGAUGACAGACCGAUGCCUUCCUCUCAUUUCCUCAGAAGCCUUUCCCUCACAUCUCAGCGUUGAAAUGGAAGAAUCCCUUUCCCUUCACUGCCGAGCUUUUGCUGAGCCAGAUCCUGAGAUUUAUUGGGUCAUGCCCUCUGGUGACAAGCUUUCAGCCUAUACUGCAUCAGACAAAUACAGGCUGCGCCCUGAAGGCACGCUGGAGAUAUUCAAUAUAAGUAUGGAUGAAGCAGGACUUUAUACCUGUGUGGCUCACAACCUUGUAGGAGCUGACUCGAAGAGUGUCACUAUCACAGUGAGUGGGUUCUAUCCAGAAAACGAAGACGACAUUCAGCUCUAUAUACGAGAAACGGAAGCUCACCAUAUCCUGCUGUCAUGGAUAAUCACCUCCAACAUAAUAUCGUCAAACAUCUCUUGGUCACGUAUACUGAGCAAUAGCAGCUUGAAUGUUGCCUCCUCGGCUCGCAUCCCUGCUGGCGUGCACAGUUAUAAUUUGACACGGCUGGAGCCGCUUGCCGAAUAUGUGAUCUGUGUGCACGUGUCCCACGUCAGUCUCCACACUGAGACGUCCUGCAUCAGGGGCAGGACCAAAGAGGCCCGCCCAGCGACCGGGCCGCGCGCCAUCAGGCCGCAGUUUCUAAUUGCCUUGACUGUCUGCGCGCUCUUUGCGGCGAUCAGCGUCUUGGCCCUCCGUAGGCUAGCGCCCGUCAGGCCGAAGGUGGUGGAGGAUCACCGGCCACUGUCCGUGAGUAUGCAGAGGAACCUGUCCACCUCGCUGCGCCGCAUUUACCCUCUGUUCAUCAAGCACUGGGAACCUGGCAGCACCUCAGGCAAAACAAUAGCGGUAGAACUGCAAUCCACCCCGCUGGGCUCUUCCAACGCCAGCUACUGCAGCACCAUCUGAGAGGAGCUCAAAGUGAGCCAAGGAGAAGUGGAACCGCAAGCCAACCUAAUAAAGAGACACGUCUCCCCUUUCACUGUCCAGAUGAAAACAGACAAAAUGGGUCAAGGAAACAAAUCUCAGCAGAAGAGGAAGUAGAUCCGGAUUCCAAUGAGUUCUUGUAGACAUAAGAGGGUGGCAGUUUUUUGGCAGUAAACCCUCCUGGUAGAAAUCCCCCUUCUCUGUGCAACUGAUGUCAAUGUGUUUGUUCUGUACAGGUUAUGAACUCUGUUAAUUGGAGACAUAUAUAGGAGUCUGGGAAAGAUAUUAAAAGAAAACAGGGAUCUCACUGUAUCUGAUUUCUUAUGUAAAAAAAAUCCUUUGUGAUCAUGUCGAUAGAAAAUCUGUUUUUUUUUCGAGCUAGGCACUUGAAAAUCUGAAAGGAAAUCGAGAGCAGGUUUACAACAAUUUUAUACAGGAAGUAUGUGCAUAUUUUUCUAGGUUCAGACUGUAACGUCACACACUUUGCUUUGAGCUCCCUUCUGUCCUUCGCAACGCUCAGAGAGAGAGAGAGAGAGAGAGACGAGUCACGGAGCACCUUUGAGCACCGCAAUGAGUUUUGCAGUUUUGAGGCGACGCCAGUGUUUUGUAUCACUGCACCAUUUACCAACCUCAUUUUUUCUGUAGUUUUCCUGUACCUCCGGCCAUUACUGCACAAAACCGUAUGUGCAGAAACGCAAAGGACUCAUGGAAGCGUUUCUUUUGAUUGCAGUAUUUUCUGAAUAAACCACAACAAAAAAAAAAGUGCAAGCAAAGCUUGUCAUAGUUCAUUAUUGUCCUUCCAUCCUCUAGGGAAUUGCGGUCAAACGUGAAGCCUCCAUUCUGCUGGGGCAAGAUAUCAAGGCAAUCGCAUUCUUUUGAAACUUGGGCGGGGGAGGGGUAACUUAAAUGCAGCCUACCCAUCAGAGUCAUAGAUUUAAUAAGCAUUGGUCAGAUCACACUUGGAGUGUUGUGAGCAGUUUUUGGCCCCAUAUCUAAAAAAGAAUGUGCCAGCAUUGGAAAGAGUCCAGAGGAGGUUCAUGAGAAUGAUCCCAGGGAUGAAAGGGUUAAUGUAUGAGGAGUGCUUGAUAGCUCCGGGCCUGAACUCUCUGUUGUUCAGAAGAAUAAGGUUGGGGGGAGAGGAUAUCAUUGAAAUCUACAAGGGGCUACAUAGGCAGAAUGUUCCCCAUUGUGGGAGAGUGUAGGACCAGAGGACACAGCCUCAGAAUAGAAGGGUGUCCCUUUAGAAAAUAGAUGGAGGAAUUUCUUUAGCCAGAGAGUAGUGAAUUUGUAGAAUUCACAGCCACAGAUGGCUGUGGAGGCCAAGUCAUUGGAUAUAUUUCAAAUGGAAAGGUGUAGGUUCUUGAUUAGUAAGGCCAUCAGAGGUUAUAAGGAGAAGGUGGGAGAAUGGUGUUGAGGGGCAAAAUUCAUCAGCCAUGGUUGAGUGGUAAAGAAGACUCAAAGAGCUGAAUUCUACUGCUAUAUCUUUUGGUUUUUUGACUCCAUUACUAAGAAAAUUAAGCCCUUUAUAUUUAUUCUACCUAGGCGUCUUAUAACUUAUAUACCUCAAUUAAGUCUCCUCUUAGCUAUCUCCAUUCCAAAGAAAACAAUCUUGGUUUAUCCAAAACACACACAGAAUGCUGGAGGAGCUCAGCAGGCCAGGCAGAAUCUAUGCAAAAAAGUACAGUCAACAUUUCGGGCUGAGACACUUCAGCUGGGCUCAGCCCGAAACGUCAGCUGUACUAUUUUUUCCAUAGGUGCUGCCUGGCUUGCCGAGUUCCCCAAGCACUUUGUGUGUGUUGCUCGGAUUUCCAGCAUCAGCAGAUUUUCUCUUGUUUGCUUGGGAAAGCUAAAAGGCUGGAGACGAAGGAGUCUGACAGGCGAGGAGAGUGGACCACAGGAAAAGAAAAGGAGGAGGAGACCCAGGGGAAGUGAUAGGUGGGUGAAAACUUUACAAUCAUGACGAUACCUUCAUAAAUCUCCUCUGUACCCUUUCCUGUGCAAUCACGUCCUUCCAAUAAUGUGAUCAGAACUCCAUGCAGUAUUCACGCUGUGGUACACCUAGUGUUUUGUACAGUCCCAGUAUAACCAAUGCCCUUCUACCACAUCAUUCUCCUAAUAAAGAAAACCAUCCUAUA